GCACCUGUCGACCCACCUGUUGAGGGACAUGAUGAGGACUUUGGAGUUGUGGCGCUCGGAGAUGAUCAGCCGGGUUAUAUACCUCGGCAAGAUGAGCCUUCCAGCAGCAUGCCUUCGUACAACCUUCAGCUAUCUCUGCCAGCAUCGCAGGUCACCCCGUCAGGAGCAUUGUCGAUCACGGGUACAUUCGACGGGGAUGUAGACCAGUACUUUGCAUGCCCAUCUACCGCAGCUGAGGAUCGGCCCACCCGGGACGUGGAUGGCGGGCGCAGGUUGAGUUAUGCCUCAUCCCCGGCGGUUGAUGCGGAUCUAUCACAGGCGCAGGCAUCGUCCCAGCCCAUCUUUGAGGCCACUACAUGCUUUGAUGAGGAUACCACUGAUGCGUAUAUUCAGGAGGCCGACGAGACCACGGUUGCUGACGACCCGACGACCUAUUCUUCCGAUCCUGCCAGUUGUGGUGUCGAUGCUGUUGCACAUCCUCUCAUAAAGAGGCAGCUUGAUGAUGAUGAUCCAGAUAGUGCACCCGAGCGACAGGGGAUGCGACUCAGGCCAACAGCAGCACUGAAGCACACAGGUUGCGGGACUCACUGA